AUGUCUAAUUCGGAACAGCUAAAUCAAAAUUUGAUGGAGGAAGAAGUUCAGUACGUCCUCUCCAAUAAUAACCAAUAUAGAACAAUACCUACAAGACACAGUGCUGUUUCUGUACAGGAGAUCGGUGGAUCCUACUUCAUUCAGUACGAAGACAACAUGGUCAGUCUUGCAGAUCUGGCUCGCUAUCGAAAAGUGUACAUUGCGAAUAAUCGGUAUAUGUACGUGGUGAACAUUGUUUUGGGAGCCAUUCUGUUGUUCACUUCUUUUUUCUCAAAGGCAUGGUUCACCAUUUGCAUGUGUCUGAUCUAUUUCCUGAGUUCCCUGUUGUUUUACUAUUCUUUUACAAUGAUUUCUAAGAGGUACACGUUGGUGGUACGAUUUUGGUUCGUUCCUUUUAUGAAGGCGAUGACUGCGUUUAUUUCGGGCAUAGCGAGCUUUGUUCUCAGUCUCUUUUCGCUGAAUAAGUCAUCUUACGGAGCGCGUGGCUUUCUGGCUGUGGAGUUUGUAAUCAUCUUCUUCGUCUUCGUACUCCCAACUUCGUUUCCUCAUUCCUAG